GGCAGUGUGACGGAGCCCAUCGGCGAACAUGUGAAAAUAACAGGUAUUUGGGGGGCCUCCACAUGAAUGAACGCCUCGCCAUAAAGCAUUACCGACUCUCACCAACAGCUCACUGGUCCCGAGGAAGGGUUUGGUGGAGUGACCAUGGCAGAGGUGAGGGACUUGAAUGUUGCUGAUGUGUUGGGACUGUUGGAGAGUACUCAGGAUGAUGUCUACCAAGAGGUGCGGGCAUUGUUGAAGGAGACCUUCGCUAGCGUUCGUGAGGCCUGGCUUGUCAACGGCCUGCUAGAAUACUUCUAUGUAUCAAACAGUGGACGUCUCCUGGAUAUUCUGCUGGGAGUGGGUGAACCUCAUGAUCGUCAUCUCUUAGAUAGACUCAUGGAUGGAUUGAAAGGAUCAGAUCGCUUUCGUCACACCUGCAUUUUGCUCUAUGCCGUUCGUCGCCAACCUCCUCCCAUGUGGCUGCGAAAAUUUCUUCAGCAUGGUGCAAUGCGGGAACUACUCCACGUACUUUUAACAGAUGAGGAUGUUCCUGUUCUGGUGGGUGCGGUCAUGGUUAUAGUGGUUCUCCUUCCUGCUUUGCCACUAGAAAUGGGACACAUGCAUCUUUCUACAGUAUUAGAUAUUUUCUGCCGGUUAGUUCGAUGGACUCCAAAACGAGAAAAUGAUGAGGCUUUUCAGCCAUUUUUACAGGUGGCUGUGUAUUCCCUAUUUCAUAGACUGUAUGCUUUGUAUCCAUGUCACUUUCUUACAUGCUUAAGAAAUAAUUUCUCAAAGACAAAUUCAUCUGCCUGUUUCUUCAAUACUCUUAAGCCUAUGAUGGAAAAAGUCCGUCUUCAUCCACUUCUGAUAACUGACACGAGAGAAUCUGAAAUAACCAGAACUAGAUGGAUGGGACUAGAAACUCACCAUCUUAUUCUUGAAUGUGCUAAGCUUUGUCUAGAUCCCAUUGAGGCAACAUGUGAGGAGGUAUGUGGCUCAUUUUUUAAUCGAAACCAAGGUAGUGAUGUAGCUUCUGAACCUUUGAAUUUGUCCACCAAUUGGGCAUUGUAUGCAGUAGAAAAUAACUUCUGGUCUCCUACUCUAGCACUGUCAUCACCUGCUAUAAUUCAAACACAAAGGGGUUCAUCUUCCUCUGUACCUCAUACGCCAGUGUACCCUAUAAGCACUCCCAACCUGAGAUUAGGGGGCAAAGUAGCAGAAUCUCCACCUGAAGCAGCUAUUGAGGCCACCCCUGAAUCGACACCCUUUACUUCACCAAUAAAGAUGGAAGCCAGUAAUGUUGGCAGUCGCCGAGCUGUUACUGCAUUGUGUGCCUUAAAACUCAACACAAAUGUAAGUAAGGACAACAGAGCCAUCUCUGCAGAGUUAGAGGCCAGUUCUAGUCCUUUGUCACCUAUAAAAAAGGAACAAACCCCAUUCAGUUUUCCUGAUCAGUGCCAAGACUUGUUUAAUAGAGUGGAGCGCUCUACCCUCCUCCAAAGUAAGUUGCAGCAGAUAAUAAGAGACAGACAACAAAUCCAGAAAGAAAAUAAAGCCUUGGAUAAUAGUGACAUAGAAAGCAAAGAUAUUGAUUCAAAGGAUGUUAAAGAAACUGAAGAAAAUGGUGCAGUGAUGCCGAGGAAGACAUUGGGGGAGAGACGGAGCAGUAGUUUUUCGACAAUAGAAAGUGAAGUUGAUCCGAAAGUUGAAAUCAUAAUCCCACAAUUUGAGCAAGUGAAUAGGAGGAGAAAAUUAUCAAUGUAUGAUGGCAGUCAUAAUAUUGACCUGAGACAAUUAGGAAUCCCUGUUGAUGAGUUUGCUGAAGGAAAUAAUGAAUUGGAUUUUUCUAAUGAAGGUGCUCAUAAAAUUGAUACAGAGAAUGGAGAUCAGAAUUGUAGAGUACCUAAAGCAAUUAAGAGAAUAUCUGAAGAGAGAGAAUCUGAAAGUAGUGAGAGCAGAAGAUCCUCAGACGAGUCUCAGGUAUGUGCAACCAUAAAAUGUGAUGAACCAGAAAGCCUAGGAUUAGGAGUUCCUACCCAAAGAUCAAUGACUGAUCUAGUAAAAAACAUGAGAACAAUGAGGUUAAGAUUUCUUAGUCAAUGUGGUCCACCACCUGAUCUGUCACAGUACAAUAUGGUAGGGACAACAAGAGUUACUUUGUCUCCCACACAAUUUAUGAGUGGCCCCAUUAAAACUCGAUCAAGGAGCUUAUCGUGCCCAGAUCUGUCGGUAGAUGGUGGACCCCGUGCAUCUAUUGCUAAUGAAGCAAGAGUUAGGAAAGUGUCUGCUAUGUCUUCUCUUACAUUAUCUCCAGUAAGGCAGGCAGUAGUGACAAGUGAGGCAACAACACAAACAGAAGAAAUCACUGUUGUUAAUCCUUAUGAACAACUUCUUGGUGCUCUUGUGUCUGGCCCAACAUCGCAUCUGCCAAAAAAUGAAAACACAAAUGACGCAAAUUUUUCCAGACCUUCGCCACAUGAGCUACUUGAUAAGUACUUGCAGUCAAGUGCCAAGAUUGGUGAAGAAGCUCAAAAUAUUUUGUGGCAGCAACCAAAUCAAACAGCAGGAAAUGAAGGAUGGAAAAACCAUGUUCGCCUCAUGCAAAUUAUGUUGCUUUUGGAGCGAUAUAAACGUGAAGUACAUGCCGAACGUAAUCGUAGACUUUUAAGCAGAGCAAAGAAAGUGUAUGCCCUUGAAGAGCAGCAGCGUGGAUUGAAAGGAAAAAUAUCUCAAUUGGAAGAGGAAGUGUUAAAUUUGAAGCAUGAUGUCUGCAAUUUGCAAAAGAAUGCAUCAAACAAGGAGCAGCAGCUGCAACUGGCCUUGUCUAAAGAGCAUGCCUUAGUUAGUGAAAUGCGUAUUGAGCGGGAUGAUGCUCAAGAAGGAAGAGACUUGUUAAAACAACAAUGUAUUGCUCUUCGACAAGAAAAUGAGACCCUGACCAGUCGGUUGCAAUUAGCACAAGGAACCAUGCUAGAAAAAGAUAGACAGCUCAACUUUCAGGCUCGUUUAGCUGAUGAAAACAUUACCCUGCGCAACCAGGUGGAAGUUUUACAGAAACAAGUGUGUCUCAUGGGAGAAAUACAAAGCCAGUAUAAACAGGAGGUGUGGAGGUUAACAAUGUCAGGAGGUCCUGGUGCCAUGAUGGGUAUAGAAAUGGAGCGUACCGCAGCCAAGCGACAGGUAGAAGAGCUUGAAGAAAAAUGUCGAAUUGCUUUAGUUAAAUUAGAUGCUGCUCAUGCUCAUGUAUUACAGCUAGAACAUGAUUUAGUAGAAAAGAAUAAGCUUUUGGAAAAACAGCAUCUUGCAGUGAAAGCAGCUAGUGAAGCUGGAGCAGAGGCGUGUCGGGCUGUUGAGCUACGUUGCCAGUCAUUGGCUUUAACUAAUCAGACCUUAGAAUCUUUUAUUUUAGAGCAAAAUAACCGCAUAGAUACUCUUGCUCGCAAAAUUGGAAGGUCUCAACGGGGCAAGUCUGUCUGUAGUGAUGGUUUUGAUAUUGAUUUGGAGUUGUCUGCUUCAUCUUCAGCUAGUUGCAGCAGUAUACCAACAUCUCCCCCAGAUGAUUCCCUCCAUCCUUCUGGUUCACUCCUGUCAAGGCAGUCUGUUGUGCUCACCAAGCUUGAUGACCUCGCAGAACAAGAGAUGUAGACUGAAGGACAUUAACACAGGAAGACCAAGGCAUAGUGUGAUAAAAGCUUGUGUAUUAGACGUAAUCACUAAAACAUGAGAAAACAUUUGACUUUGAUAUUUGCAAGUUCAUAUGGUUAACCCAUCCUCCUGAAAAUGUUUAGUUGUAAGAAUUAACAAGUGAUAAAAGCAAAUACUGUAUAGAAAACUUUUGCUUGUUAUUAGUGUGUCAGUGGAAAUCUGACUGUUGAGAUCGUUUUGGCAUUCCUUAAAGGUUGUUAAUAUUAGAUAACCUGACUUGUUUGAACACAAUAAAAACUUGUUUUUGUAAAAAUGUGAUAUGUAAUCACUUAAUUUUACAGUAAUUAGUCAUUUGGAAGAAGUAUUGGCAUCUCUCUGCAAGUACUCGAGAAAGAUUUUUGAAAGUACUGUACAGCAUAGGUUUUGUUUUUUGUUUUUAAUGGGGAAAGAUAUUUAUUGAAGAUUCCUGUGUAGUAUUUUGGAGGGUUCAGCAUUUAUUGGAUUGAUCAUUUGAGGAAUUGAUCAGGUUUGUUUAUAAUGAAGAGAAGUGAUGCAUAUGGCAGGUUUGUUCUUCAUUAAACAGGCAUUUUGUUCUAUUUUCUCCCAUAUCCAUCAGCGGAAUUCGGUUCUUACAUCGUCUGACUUCAUCUCGUAGAGGAAUUGUUUUUGAAUUGUUGAGAACUGUCAGCAUUAAAGUUAUAACUGUACGUUAAAUAUUACUACAUGGGGUAAUUUCUGAAUAUAGUUUCGAUCUGUGAAGUUUUGCUCAAUUUCUCUAAUGUACAUUUUCAGCAAAAAUACUAAAUGCCAAGAUCAUAAUUUGGUUGUCUUGUCCCUUAAGUAUUACUGUUAAAAUACCAGCAAGGCCAGCACUUGUUAUUGUUGUGGUCUGUAAUAGAUUAUUGGAUGAGAUGAGUUCAUUUUCAGAAAGAAUAGAUUAUAAAAUAUAUGAACUUCUUAUUGGAAAAUGGUAAAUUUUUUCCUUGUUCUAUAAAUGCUGUUGUAGAUUGUUGCACAUUCUUUUAGGAUUUAAACAUGUAUUACAUUAUUUGACACUUGACUCUAAACAUGCCUUUUGGGGUCUAAAUAGAAAUUGCAAGAGGCAUAUACGGUAGAUUUUUUUUCUUUUUUUACCAUCUGUAGUGUAAAUUACAAUUUCUCUUGUAAUUUUUGGCCAUGCAAAAUUUGAUAGUAUUGAAACUGGUCCAUCAUCUGGAUAGCAGCUAAAUAGUAUAGUACAGUACAAUACUUGUUGUAUUGUGCACUUGUUGUCCUCCAUAUGGGCAUAUGGAGGACAUGGAAAGGAAUGUAAUGAAAGAACCCCUUGUAUAUUAAUGUAUGAACAUUAGUGGGAGUUUUGAAGAUCAAGACUUGUUUUGCAAAGCAUUAAUGCUUGUUUUGAUUGUUGGUAGUUAUUUAAAUAACAGGGUCUGUCAGCCACUAGUCACAGCCAAAUAUCUGCUCAAAGUUUAGUUGAGGGUUUGGAGGCCUUCAGCACUUUAACAUGGAAAUAGCCAGUCAAUAACUAUAAAGAAUAAGCUUCCUAUUAUAGUUACAAAAAAAAAAGCUAUCCAUCACGUGGAAUGAAGUUAAGCCACUUAAAUUUCUUGCAAGGCCUAAGGAGUGUGUGUCUUCAGUCACAAGCUUAACUUGUUCUAUUUUGAAUAACCUGAAUUGGAUAUAAACUGCUAAAUUUAUUAAUGAUGUAUGCUGUCCUAGUCAAUUAAUAGUAGAUUGUAAAUUUAAAAAUGAAAUGUAACCAUACAAUUUCAAUUUGUAUUUUGUAAUUUCUAACUGUAUCUAGGGAUCACCUUGUUAAACUUAUUGAUAGUUGUCAGAACACAAUAUUUGUUGAUCUUAAAAUUAACAAUUUGCAUUAAAAAAGAUAUUCAUACUUUCACAUGCAUGUAUGCAUGCAUACAUGCAUGCAUACACACUUGUACACCUGCUUACUAAUGGGAAUAUACACACAUUACAUGUGCACGAGUACAUGCACCAGAUGGUCAAACAUGUGGACACAGCUAGUUGAGUACAAAGUAUUUCACUGGAAUACACACAAACUUAAGACUCAUACACACACACGCACUUUCCUAAAUAAUGCUCACAUACGUACAUGUGUUUUCAUGCAUACUAUCCUUGUAAACACAGUUUUCACACUCGCCUUGGCACGCUUUUUCACGUACGCACAAAUGUAUUUAAAUGCAUACUCAAAAUCACUGGAAUUUUUUAUAAAAUUUGAUAACUGAAGAAGACAGAACAUCAGACAUAUCUUGAAUCCUUUGACCACAGGCAAGGAAACACAAAUUUGUUCAUGCUUUUCCCCAUCAUCAGAUAUGCAUGCACAUGUGUGCACACGAAUUCACAUUUGCAUGUAUUCGCACAAAUACUAAAUCACUCAUUCUCCAACAUACUUGUAUAUUGCAUUUGCAUUCACUCCUGCACCUGUGUGCACUUUAAUGUGCAUGCAUACCUCUAUGUGCACUCUUCUAUGUCCAUACAUUCAAGCGCACUUUUACACACAAGCACACUCGUACACUGGCAUUAACAUGCAUUUGUUCACAUGCAAUUUAAAUAUAGCACGUUAAAAUAGCCGAUUAGUGUCCUCUUGGAAAAUGUUCAUAAAAUUGACAACCCUAUUAUACUAAAGAUAAUAUUUCUUUGGUUUUAAAGUGUGCAACAUGUGACGAUUGCUUGUAAAAUGAUAAUAUGCAUUCAGUAUAUUUUAUGAUGCAAAAUUCUCUAGAAACGUCAUCCACAGGUGCAUGCAUAAAAUUUCGUUUAGUUCAUUGUAAUCGGUUUGGAAAUUUAUAUUCAUCAAUUAUGGUAAUGAAUUUAUAUUCAAAGCCGUUUGAAAUUUGGAGCUUUCGAAAUCUCGGAGCUUUCCGAAAGCUGGUAAACCCGUUGGCAUGUCAUGCUGCAAGCUGCCUAGCUAUCUACAUUUACUAAAUCUAUAGCCAGUGCUACCUUAUAUUGGCUUCACACUUGUGAAAAAACAAAAUUGCCUUAAUGUUCUUGUUUCUGUGCUUAUUCUGCCUGCUCAUUUCUCAUUGGACAUUAUAGCCUGGUCCAUUUGUGUGAUUAAAUACUGUAUACAGAAUUUUUACACACAAUCGGACAUGUAUUGUAUUUUCGCAGAAAUCUUCUACUUGAACUCGUUCAGAAAAGGGCGAGAUCCCUAUGUAAAAUAUUCUUUCUUGUUGUAUUAGAUGUUUUCAAAGACAUUUUUCCAGGUCACUUUUGUGUUCUCCAGAUGUUUGAAUUUUGAUCUUAAGUUCUCAAAUAUUCACACAUUUACUUUUUGGCUGUCUUUUAUUUCCUUGUUUUAUCUUAGCCCAAGGAAUUGGGUUUAACUCCCACUGGUCCUUGGCUUCCAAGGCUGGAUGCUACUUUUGUACUGUACUUUACAGUGCUUCAGUCUUCUCUUGGAAAAAUGCUUCAAUCUUCAGUAUUCUUGAUCAAUUAGCAAAAUGUAGUACAGGUAAGGUAUAAAGUUGUUUGUUCAAAUUAAUAUCCUAUCAGUAUCAAUCUAUGCUCAUUAGAAUUUAUUGAGUAUUUAUUCACAGUAUUUUAUUUCAGUGUCCUAGAGUUAUCUCGACAACACUGUACCUUUGCAUUUCUACUUGGAACUUUAGACUUUUGUUUUUGGGAGGGGGUAAUUUUUUUAGCUUUUGAUUUUUCUUGUUCUUUACAAUGUCUAUUCAUCAAUGGAAUAUACAGUGGUACCUUUGUUUACGAAUUUAAUCCAUUCCCAGAGAUGGAUUGUAACCCGAAACAAAUUUUCUCAUAAGAAAUAGUAAUGUACUGUAAAUUGAAUUAAUCCGGUUCACACUCCCAAAAAUAUUAACAUCAGAAUACAUUUCAUGCAUAAUAAACACACAUUUUGUACUAUAUUAUGUACAAGUUUAGCUUAUCUUUAUUGAUGAUUCUUGUUGAUGUAUGGCAGAUGAUGAUGAGGAGGGGGGGGGGGUCCCCUUCCAUUAUAACAUCAGGCAGUGAUGGCUUUUCUGGGGUACUCUCCCUUAUGCUUUGCCUGCAUACCACUAGGACCCGAUUGUGGCUCACUGCUUGUUUCUCACCAAGAACUGUUCCAUAGACUUGUUUUUCUGUCAUCCUCACUUGUGUUUUCUUAAGUUGAACCUUACCACUGACUUUCUUGGGUCCCAUGUCAUGAUAUAUAAUACUUUUGUUUAGAAACAAAAAAGUUGAAAACAAUGAAAUUCUUUACAAAGAAUUCAAGCGCGAUCAUCACUAUGUGGGAGGCCCCUUUUAAACUGGGGUGCGGUAGCCUGUUCCACCAAGAACCACGUGCUCGGUCGACCCAUACAUGUACUAUCAACAAGCUCAUAACUUGAGGCAAAACUCGUAAACCGAAUUGAAUUUUAUGAAGAAAUUGAGCUCAUAACCUGAAGAAUUCAUGAAUCGGGGCAUUCGUAAGCCGAGGUUCCACUGUACAUGCUUUUAAUAUCAAUUUUAAUGAGCUACAUCUUUUGAUCUGUUUUCACAGCUUUGAAUGUCUCCAGAAGCCAAUGUUUGCUACAUGGGCUGGUUGCUUCCACCAUUGUUCCCUUCUCGCCUCCCAACUAUUUUUGGUACCCCUAACUCUACUGCUGUUGAUCCAAAACAAUGUUCUUUUUUUUCCUUCCUUUUUCAGUUGAAAAUUCAUUCCACUGCCACUUGUAUCUUAGUAAAUGGUAUGCAGUCUGUUCCAUUUACUGACUAAGCUCACUUACCCGGACUACAUGGAAAGGCCCUCUCACCGGAUAAGCCAGACAUUUAGAUAAACAGAAUUCUUACUGGGGAAACUAAAACAAAUGAAUAUAUUCAAAAAAAUUUCUUAACAGCCAACAUAAUUAAAAUUCACACACUAAAAAUAAAAAAUAUAGUAUAAAAUAAGUUUCAUCUUGUUGUAAUUCAUCUUUUUGAUUGAUAUUGUAGAUCUUGAAAAGUGUAGUUCUUGAAAAUUUCCUUAACCAAAUAUCUGGUUAUCCGGAUUUGUCCGGAUAUGGCAAAGUUUUAUCAUAAAAUUAUCCAGAUGUGAUUUUGGCCAGAUAAUCCAAAUACUGGAUUCGAUUAGGCGGGCUGUGGAUAACGGAGCUCAUACAG